UCUAAUUCAUGAUUCGCUGUCAAAGACAGAUGAUGGUUCGAAUGUUCUAAGAAUACCCACAAGAACCUAAUAUAGGAAUUGCCUGAUGCCAAAGAAGACAACCACCUCCAGCCAGGCAACAAGAAGGCCGCCCUCUGUCCCUUCUCCUCCGCAGCAGUAGGAGGGAGGGGGUCGGACCAUUUCUGCAACACCAAAUCCUCCCUCCAUCCCCUCCAAACUCUUGCGGCCAUCACCCCAACACUUUUGAUCUCUUCAUUCAUAUGUUCUCAUUCUGAACCCAUGUUUCGAGCCUAUGUUCUUCAAUCUCCUCUUCUUCUCCUCCUCCUCCUUGGCUUUUGGCUUUGAUCACUCCAUUGAUUGCACUGCGAUGGGUUACUCCAUCCGGAAUCCAAAGAUCCCCGCAGCGCUGUUCCCCCUGAGAACAAAGAAGAACGCAGGGAGAGACAGCUUCAGACAGUCGUUGUUGGUGGACGAGCCGACGAACACGGCGGUGCCCAAGGGAUGCAUGGCGGUGUACGUGGGCGACGGCAUGAGGCGCUUCGUGAUCCCGACGAGCUACCUCCGCCUGCCGGCCUUCCGUCAGUUGAUGGAGAAGGUGGAGGAGGAGUUCGGCUUCGACCAGGCCGGCGGUCUUCGGAUCCCGUGCGAAGAGGAGGACUUCCAGGAGCUGCUCGACGCCUUGGCUGACUCCACGCCGGCCAAGCCGAAGAAGAAGAAGAAGACCCUCAAGAGCUUAGUGAAGAUGGCAUGAGUCAUGGCUGGAAGCACCUAUGACAGACUUGCGUGCAUAGACUAAUCGUAAGGCAAUCAUAUUAGACAGACUUAAUGGAUGGUAGGAUCCAUGAAAUGUUUAUGCAAUGUCUACAUUGUAUGAAGAGUUUAUGGUGGGAAUUAUCAUCCAUCAUAAAGCUUGUGCAAGUAUUGUCGAUAGACUUGAUCUUCUACAUUUCUAUGUUGUCUUGUGGUUUGGUCAUGUUUCUUCUUGAUCAUGCCGAUCUCUCGCGACACCCAACAAGCAAAAAAGGUUAACUAGAAAUCAACUGUCAAAAAUUCUCCGACACUCUCCGGAUUAUUAACUACAUCUCAAAGCUAGUCUUAUUCUAUCUUAUGAAGACUAAUGUUCAUCUGCAACAUCAUCUUCUGAGGGAGACACCCUCGA